CCCUCAGGACCCCCCGGAUUGCCCACCUGGCUCACAUCUGUACAUUUGUUUCUAAGAAACGGUGUGAUGAAGCGGAAAGUGAACGACGUGUAGGAGAAGUCCAAAUGACUGAUGUGCAACAGGCAACUGGGCUGCAAACUCACUGAAGGCUCAUCGGCUUUUGGAGGAACUGUUGCUCAAAAUCCCGCUGCGAUGUCCCUGCUGUGUGUCAGAGUAAAGAAAGCAAAACUGCACGGGCCUCCAGACAAGUUCAACGCCUAUGUAACUCUGAAGGUGCAAAAUGUGAAGAGUACAACCAUCACAGUCCGCGGGGAUCAACCAUGUUGGGAACAAGACUUCAUGUUCGAGAUCAAUCACCUGGAGUCAGGUCUGGUGGUGGAGCUGUGGAAUAAGGGUUUGAUCUGGGACACUAUGAUCGGCACAGCUCUGAUACCCCUGGACGCGAUUCGACAGUCUGACGAGGAGGGACCAGGAGAGUGGACGUCUCUGGACUCUGAAGUCUUAAUGAGGGAGGAUGAAAUCUGCGGCACCACCAACCCAACUCCACACCAAGUGCUGCUGGACACCCGCUUUGAGCUCCCCUUUGAUAUCCCAGACGACGAGGCUCAGUACUGGACCAAUAAACUGGAGCGGAUCAAUACCAUGCGGAUACAUGACGAGUAUCCACUGCAGGAAGAGGUCCAGAGAAGACGAAUGGCAUCUGUACCCUCCCAGUGCUCCUUCGAUGACCAUGAUAGUGCAGUGGACGACCGUGAUAGUGACUACCGCAGCGAAACCAGCAACAGACCUCCACGGUUCCACAACACCCCCCAGACAAAUUCAUCAGUGCACCAGUACCCUAUAGGACGCAGGGUCCAGCAUCAAGCCCUAUCCAGGGAGUCUGACUCUAUGCAAAGCUAUGAGCUAGACUAUAGAGAAAUGAGGGGACCCAGUCCACCGGACAGCAGUCGGUUUGAUUCAUCGGGAAACCUCAGCCCGGCCAGCUCCCAGCUCAGCUCUGAACCUGAGGAACGCCAAGGUCCAGAGUCCUGCCACCCCAGCGGCCCUCAUCGUCCCCCUCUCCAUAGCCAGCCAUCUACCUGGGAUGAGGAAGUGGAGGACGAGGGAGAAGUUGAAAAAGAGCUGCAUCCUCUACCAGAGCCUGGUUCCAACAAAGAUCUGAUGGACUCUUCGGUCAUCCUGCCCAAACCAAUGUUGGACAGCCAUGAUAACAAGACUCAGACUAAAAUCUGUUUCUUCGAGGAUGGUCCUCCACCCUGCUCCCCAUCCAGAGUUCGCUGGCUAAAAGCAUACAACAAAGUGAGAGUACAGCUCCUUGAGAGCCGAGAUCAAGAUGGUGACCCCAGCAAGCACCCAUGGGCCAAGCCGGGGGGAAACGCACCGUUUGGCAUUGACAGCAUGCCAGACCUCCGCAAGAGGAGGCCCAUUCCCCUUGUUAGUGAACUGUCUAUCAUCCAGUGCAGGAAAGCUGGGCUCGCCCACACACUGGCCACACGGACCUCCCUGAAAGACGAAGAGCUUAAAACCCACGUGUACAAAAAGACCCUGCAGGCUCUGAUCUACCCCAUCUCCUGCACCACGCCGCACAACUUUGAGGUCUGGACGGCCACCACGCCCACCUACUGCUACGAGUGUGAAGGUUUGCUGUGGGGCAUCGCCCGGCAGGGCAUGCGCUGCGCCGAGUGUGGGGUCAAAGUUCACGAGAAAUGUCAAGAGCUGCUGAACGCUGACUGUCUGCAGAGAGCCGCCGAGAAGAGCUCCAAGACGGGGGCUGAGGACCGGACGCAGCACAUCAUCAUGGCCAUGAAGGACAGGAUGAAGAUCCGUGAGAGGAACAAGCCGGAGAUCUUUGAGGAGAUCCGCAGGUUGUUCAACAUCUCCAAGAUGAUCCACGCCCAACACAUGAAGAGCAUCAAGCAAAACGUCCUGGACGGCUCCUCCAAGUGGUCAGCCAAGAUCACCAUCAACAUCGUCAGUGCACAGGGUCUCCAGGCCAAGGACAGGACAGGCUCCAGUGACCCGUAUGUCACCAUCCAGGUUGGCAAAACCAAGAAGAGAACAAAGACCAUCUACGGCAACCUGAACCCAGUCUGGGAGGAGAAGUUUAGCUUCGAGUGCCACAACUCGUCCGAUCGCAUCAAGUUGCGUGUUUGGGACGAGGACGAUGACAUUAAGUCGCGAGUGAAGCAACGGCUGAAGAGGGAGUCUGACGACUUCCUGGGUCAGAGCAUCAUCGAGGUCCGGACGCUGAGCGGAGAGAUGGACGUCUGGUACAACCUGGAGAAGAGAACAGACAAGUCGGCGGUGUCUGGUGCCAUUCGUCUUCAGAUCAGUGUGGAGAUUGAGGGAGAGGAGAAGGUGGCUCCCUACCAUGUACAGUACACGUGCCUUCAUGAGAACAUGUUUCACUUCUCCACGGACAUAGAGGGAGGCGGCGUGGUGAAGAUCCCAGCGGCUGUUGGGGACGACGCGUGGAAGGUUUACUUUGACGAGGUGCAACAGGAUAUCGUGGAUGAGUUCUCCAUGCGUUACGGCAUCGAGUCCAUCUACCAGGCCAUGACCCAUUUCUCCUGCCUGUCAUCUAAGUACAUGCUGUCGGGGGUGCCAGCAGUGAUGAGCACCCUGCUGGCCAACAUCAAUGCCUUCUACGCCCACCCCAUCGCCUCCACCAACGUCUCCGCUCCGGCCAGAUUUGCAGCCUCCAACUUCGGGAGAGAUCGUUUUGUGAAGCUCCUGGAUCAGCUGCACAACUCCCUGCGUAUAGACCUUUCCAUGUACAGAAAUAACUUCCCAGCCAGCAGCAAGCCUCGCCUCGGUGACCUCAAGUCAACAGUGGAUCUUCUCACCAGCAUCACCUUCUUCAGAAUGAAGGUCUUGGAGCUGCAGAGUCCUCCCAGGGCUGCCAAUGUGGUGCGGGACUGUGUCAAGGCCUGCCUGAACUCCACCUACGAGUACAUCUUCAACAACUGUCUGGAGCUCUUCAACCGUCAGUUCCAGCCCGCCGUCCAACCACUGGAGCCAGAGAAGAAAAAGAAGAAGAAGAAGAAGAAGAAGGAGAAGGAAAAAGCAGAGGGAGAAGAAGAAGGAGACAAUGAGGAGGAGGAAGAAGAGGAGGAGGAUGAGGACGAGGAGGAAGACGAGGAGGAGGAAGAGGAGAAGAAAGAAGAGAGCCAGCCGGAGGAGCAGGGCCCAAGUAUUCAGAAUCUGGACUUCUGGCCCAAACUCAUCACGCUGAUCGUCUCCAUCAUUGAGGAGGACAAGAACUCGUACACGCCCAUCAUUAACCAGUUUCCUCAGGAACUCAAUGUUGGUAAAGUCAGCGCUGAGGUCAUGUGGGCGCUGUUCGCUCAGGACAUGAAAUAUGCUCUGGAGGAACACGAGAGACACAAGCUCUGCAAGACUGCCGACUACAUGAACCUGCACUUCAAGGUCAAGUGGCUGUACAACGAGUAUGUUAAGGACCUGCCCACCUUCACAGACGCUGUGCCUGAGUACCCAGCGUGGUUCCUCCAGUUCGUCCUGGCCUGGCUGGCUGAGAACGAGGAGGUGUCGAUGGAGUUCAUGCACGCGGCGCUGGAGAGAGACAAGAGAGAAGGGUUCCAGCAGACGUCAGAGCACGCUCUGUUCUCCAGCUCGGUAGUGGACAUCUUCACUCAGCUCAACCAGAGCUUUGAGAUCAUCAAGAAGCUGGACUGCCCCGACCCGGCUGUGGUGGCGCAGUAUAACAGACGCUUCGCCAAGACGAUCACUAAAGUGCUGCUGCAGUACUGUGCCCUGCUGUCCAAGAGCUUCCCCUCCUACUGUGAGAAGGAGAAGAUACCCUGUGUGCUGAUGAACAACAUCCAGCAGAUGAGGGUCCUUCUGGAGAAGAUGUUUGAGUCGAUGGGAGCGAAACAGGAGGACACAAAGAGCAAAGAGUCAAAGGAGGAAGUGAACAAGACUGAAGCCACAGCUGAGAAGAAGAAGCUGGAUACAGAGGCAGCUAACAUCCUCAAUGAGCUGCAGGUGAAGCUCAGCACUGUCCUGGACAACUUCAGCACCGUGUUUGCCAAGAGCUUCCAGACUCGUAUCAACGGCUGCAUGCGUCAGAUGGCUGAGAUCCUCUACCAGAUCAAAGGGCCCCCCAACCACAACACAGCAGAGGCAGAUGCUGACAACAUGCUGCGGCCCCUCAUGGAGUUCCUGGAUGGGAAUCUCAGUAUCUUUGCUGACACCUGUGAGAAGACGGUGCUGAAGAGGAUCCUGAAGGAUCUGUGGAAGAUCGUCCUGAGCAGCCUGGAGAAGACCAUCGUCCUGCCUCAGAGCAACGACAGCCUGGGAGCCCAACUCCUCACAGCAGCUAAAGGACUCUCAAAUCUCAAGGGAGGGGGUGAAGCCAAAACCCUGACGCCUAAGCAGUGUAUAAUUAUUGACGCAGGGCUGGAGACGAUCAAGCAAUAUUUCCACGCCGGAGGAAACGGGCUGAAGAAGGCGUUUGUCGAGAAAAGUCCUGAACUGGCGUCCUUGCGUUACGCCCUCUCCCUCUACUCCCAGAGCACCGACGCUCUCAUCAAGACCUUUGUCACCACACAACACUCCCAAGUGCAUGAUGGGAUGGGCAUCAGAAUCACUGGCAAUGAAAAGAUUCGACCUGACAGAGGUUCAGGGGUGGAGAAGCCAAUCGGAGAGGCCUUACUGCAGAUCGACAUGAUGCUCGGGAAGGAACGCAAGGUCAAUGUGAGAGUCAUCGCGGUGAACGACAUGAAGUGGCAGACCUCGGGUAUGUUCCGGCCUUUCGUUGAGGUCUCCAUGGUUGGUCCCUUCCUCGCCGACAAGAAGCGCAAGUUCACCACAAAGUCCAAGAACAACAGCUGGACGGCAAAGUUUAACGAGGCAUUCCAGUUUAUCCUGGGUAAGGAAUCCCCGGACUGCUACGAGCUCCAGGUGACGGUGAAGGACUACUGUUUCGGCCGGGCGGACCGGGUGGUCGGCGUGGCCGUGGUCCAGCUGCGUGACGUCGCCGACCGCAAGAGCUGCGUGUGCUGGUGUCCUAUCGGGCCUCGCAUUUACACGGACGAGACGGGCAUGACAGUGAUGCGUAUCCUGUCCCAGCGACCUGCUGAUGAGGUGGCCAAGGAGUUUGUCAAGCUGAAGUCUGAACUCCGUCCUGUGGAGGAGGGCAGAUGAGCAGAGGCGCUGACUCAGCACCAGAUUGUUGGAAAGGGUGAUAACUGACACGGAGCAAGGUCUGGGUUCAGUAAUCACAGACCAUUAAAGCCUGUGAGUGAUAACAUUCAACAUGGAGGAGGAGGACACAGUACAUAUAAGUAGGUUGAAUAUUUGUCAUAAUUAUGGUAAGAAAGAAACGUAUUUAAAUCAAAGGUGCAGUUUGGACGGAGAGGCUUUCUCUAAAUGUUGAAAAUUGAGCACCAGUGUCAUGACUAUCAAGCAACAUAUGGGUUUAGAUCAUCAACUCAGUGGUCAGAAAUAGUUUUAGAUCAUCAGAGGUAAACUAAAGAUCUUCUAAUUCUAAUGACUGACUACAUCUGGAUAAAAUCUGUCAUCUGUUGGCCAUCAGAACUGACCUCACACUGCUAAUUCUGGGUUUGUCCACCUGACAGUACUGAAAGAUGCAAACAUGGCAUUAGUUCUAAAACUGAAGAUUCUUGCUGCUGUAACUACGACAGGAGAUGGGAGUGAUUUGGAGCAAGUAAUCCCAGACUCCUGCACCUUCUGAGCCUUCGGGGCCUUCUGACUGCUGACAAAUAGUGACAUAUAUGACAUCGGUACCGCUGUUGACUCUGGUAUCCAACCAUUUCCCAAAAAAUGUCAUUAACCAGCUGACAAAUGUCACAACAAACACAUUAGAGCGAACAAAUGUCACACUUAGCAUGAGUUGUUGCAAAGAGCUCGAGCUUGCAAGAAACAAUUAUGAACAUCCCCAUGGAAACUGCUCUAAAAUUGCAAUAUGGGAAUUUAGUAGCCAACAGUAAUUCCCCAACUUGAAGAACAAAGAACAACAUGAUGAUGGAUGAUGGGUUACUCAUUUUUAAUUCAACCUGAUGUUAGAAGUGCAACACACAUCAGCUGAUUCACAUGUCAGCUGACACCUGUAGCACCAGAUGCGUCUUACAGAAAGAGGAAGUCAGGAUACAGUAGCCAGGAUCUGAUCCACGCUGGAAAAUACUACAGUCUGAUGCACUGAACCAAGUAGAAGUGCUUCAGGCUGCUGCUGCUGCUAAUGUGUGUCGCUCUUUAAUGGAGAACUUCUCACAGACUGAAUACAUGAAACCCUGAACAGAAAGAAAAUGUAGUUAGUUCUUAUGAAUUACACAGCCUUAAAAAAAAAAAAGCCAACUGGCUAACAUAGCUAACAGCUAGCUCACCGUACUCAGACUUAAAACGUGAAUGGGUACAACAUCAUUGACAUUUUAAGGAAGAAGGCAUGGAUUUUUCUCAGAAGCAAAGAAUUAUGGGCAUAGUAGUUUAAAGUACAUAACUGGCCACUGGACUGUGGCCUGUCGAACAGCUUCUUCAUAGGUUUUGAAUUUUGUUCUUCUGUUUUCGUUUUGUUUUGCCAAAUGUUAAACUGUGACUGUGGAGACUGUUUACCUGUAGACCUGCUCUGAAUUGCAACAGACAAAAUCUGGCAACCUGUUUUUAAAGGGUUAAAAUAGUGUGAAGACCUUUAUGGAGGACCCAAAACAGACCUCCAUGCAUGCACAGCCGCAUCCUGUUCCAAUCAUAAGUUUCUGAAUGUCUGUUUUAUGUCAGGCGCAGUACGAAUUUGGACCGAUGGAAGAUCGAAUACACAGGCAGGUUUGACUGAACUGUAACUGGGUUUGAUCCACACUCUUUGUCUGUUUACUAUGUGCCAAGGAACGCAAGUGUUCAGUGAGCCACGUUCAGCUAGCUCACUUCACAAAGUCGAGACAGACGUGGCCACUGGAGGAUCUCCCGCUUUAUGCUUUAUGCUUGUUUAAUGCUUGGUUCUGCUGUAUUAAACUGAACAAACAUUGUCUACAGUAGAGUAUAAGUGCAUAAAGGCGGAUGUUUCUCAGUUGCCAUAGCUGUAGUGACAACUGAACUCUUGCACUCUGUUUAAAACUAACUGUAAGUUUGUAAAAAAAAAUAGAUAAAUAAAAAUAAAAGCCUAAGAUCAGAGCAUGUAUUUAUUGUAUACAAUCAAACUGGACUAGAAUUGUGAUCUUUUUCAUGUAUGUACUGUGAAAUAUGAGGAUUGAUCAAAUGUAUGUAAAGUACUUAUCAUUAUUAUGAUGUGACAUAUGUUGAAAAUACUUGUAACAAUAUUUUGUAUAUAAAAUAUUUAUAAAUUAA